AUGGCUAGCUUUUUUGUUGUAAAACUGUUGUUAAAGCCACCUCUCUUUUUCUCUUCCACAGUUCCACUUUAUAUUUUCCUUUUUUUUUUGUCUUGCAGGGAAGAUAUUGCAGUUGAAACACCCGCUCCGGCUCUCGGAGAGCCCAUGGAUUUGAUGACUGCUUUGCAGCUUGUGUUGAAGAAAUCGGCAGCUCAUGAUGGGCUCGCGAAGGGACUCCGGGAGGCUGCAAAAUCAAUUGAGAAGCACGCAGCGCAGCUCUGUAUACUUGCUGAGGAUUGCGACCAGCCCGACUAUGUGAAGCUGGUUAAAGCUCUCUGUGCGGACCAUAAUGUUCACCUGGUCACAGUGCCUAGUGCUAAAACUCUUGGCGAAUGGGCGGGGCUUUGCAAAAUUGACUCGGAGGGAAAAGCAAGGAAAGUUGUAGGGUGCUCCUGUGUGGUUAUCAAGGAUUACGGAGAAGAAUCAGAGGGUCUUAAUAUAGUUCAGGAGUAUGUCAAAUCACACUGAGAGAUGGUCCUUUAUUAUAUCCACUCAACUUAGAGGAAAAAAAUGCUUUAAGCUGUUGUAGCGCUCUUAGAGUAAUGAGCAUGGAGUUUUGCGGCUCGGAACAUUAUUUGUUUUCUUUAAGUGUGACCUAAGAUUCUUAACUCGGUAUUUUAUUCAGUGAUUAGCAUUUUAUGCUGGGACGGUUUGCUUAAUGCCUUGCAGCAAAUUAUGAUGAGACAAAUAGUGUUCUUUAUCUACUUUCUCAUCCUUUAUUUUUUUUUCCUUGUGGAUUAUCAUAACAUUAGUUUGCUGUUUCCGUAAUUGGCUAAUUUAUAUAAUCAAAAUGUCUAAA